CUACAAGCACACAGUUGUCCAUACAAAUAGAUCCAUAUCCUCAACCACCCAUUAAUCCCCGUCAAUAUCCUAUGUAGCUAUAUUGCAGCCUUUUUUUUAAAAAAAAAGAAAUGUGCUCAGCUCCUCACCAGUUCAGAGACCAAAAGGAUAACCACGGCUCUUGGCCAAUCGGGUUGCCGAUCUCCUGGGCUGCGACUUCGGCUGAAGGAACAGCACCAAGAAACUCUGACUCUUAAAACUGAACACAAAAAUCCCCAAAACACAAUCAAAUAUACCAUUGGGACGGUCACCGGGGGUUAUUAUUUAAUUUGGAGCGAAUUGUCCAAUCACAGCCUCCAAUCAGCAGUGGCACAAGAGCGGCAUUUCUGAACUUUUUAUCCCCGCAUACCUCUUACCCUCGUGCUUGGUCACAGUCAACUAUUGAUAACCUGCCCCUCUCGCCCCAAGGAAGGCAGAGUCCCAUUGCUUCCCCAGCGGGCUCGAGGUCCUUCAUUUUCAACAAUGCUAGCUCUACGAGCCUCCGCCCGCCUCGCCGGGCGCCGCAUCGCCAUCUCCGGUCGCCGUCUACCUUCGAGCCUCCCAAGGGCCGCCGUGUCGUCUGCUCUCGUUGCGAAGAGACAAUACUCCGCCCCUGGGUCUGAUACCACGACUAGAUCGACAGUCAUUCAGUUGCUCAGCAACAUCGGCUCGAAGCGCGAGGUCCAGCAAUACCUCUCGCACUUCUCGUCCGUCUCCUCCCAACAGUUCGCCGUCAUUAAAGUAGGCGGUGCAAUCAUAACCGAGCAUCUCGAAUCUCUCACCUCUGCGCUUGCGCUCCUUACAAAUGUCGGGCUCUUCCCUGUCGUGGUCCACGGUGCUGGCCCACAGCUGAACAAGUUGCUCGAAGAUGCGGGAGUCGAGCCUCAAUUCGAGGAAGGCAUCCGUGUUACCGACGGCAAGACCCUAGCAGUUGCGCGCAAACUCUUUUUGGAAGAGAACCUGAAGUUGGUAGAGAAGUUGGAGGAGAUGGGUGUACGUGCCCGACCAGUCACAAGCGGCGUGUUUGGAGCGGACUACUUGGAUAAGGAGAAGUGGAACUUGGUUGGCAAGAUCAACAAGAUCAACAAGGACCCGAUCGAGGCGGCUAUCAAUGCUGGCUGCCUCCCGAUUCUUACGUCCAUGGCCGAGACACCUGACGGACAGGUGUUGAAUGUUAAUGCCGACGUGGCGGCAGGAGAGCUGGCCAAGUCUCUCCAGCCACUCAAGAUUGUCUACCUAUCGGAGAAGGGCGGCCUCUUCAACGCGGACACGAACGAGAAGAUUUCAGCGAUCAACCUAGAUGAAGAGUUUGAGCAUCUCAUGUCACAGUGGUGGUGCAGAUAUGGAACUAGGUUGAAGAUUAAGGAGAUCAAGGAACUUCUCGAGCAUUUGCCACGGACCUCCAGUGUUGCAAUCAUCCACCCGGCUGAUUUGCAAAAGGAGCUGUUUACGGAUACUGGUGCCGGAACCCUCAUCCGACGAGGCAGUAAGAUUGAUACAGCGACGUCUUUGUCCCAAUUUGAGGACAUUGAGCAGCUCAAGGAUGUCCUUGUUCGCGACCGUGAGGCUCUUGAUGCGCGUGCGACAGUCAACCGUUAUGUCGAUGGCCUCAAGGACAAACAGUUUAAGGCAUACUUUGACGAAUCAAUGGAUGCGCUUGCCAUCGUGCAGCCAUCCACCGACUCCUCAGGCAUCGCCAACCUGGCUACAUUAACAAUCACCAAGUCUGGCUGGCUCACUAACGUCGCCGACAAUGUGUUUGCGGCGAUCAGAAAAGACCACCCCAAGCUCGUCUUCACUGUUAAAGAGGAUGACGAGAACCUGACAUGGUUCUUUGACAAGGCAGAGGGCAGCUUCACCAAAGACGGCCAUGUCAUGUUCUGGUAUGGCACCGAGUCCGCUGAGGAAGUGACCCAGCUCAUGACCGAGUUCACCAAGCACGGUCGCUCGAUGCAUGGCGAAGCAAACCUUGACGAGAGGCUAUACCGCGCCGCCAAUGCUGCGUCAGCCAUAUCCGGACCAAAUGCUCCCCGUCAACAAGCUCGUGCCUUCUCCACCUCGGCACGCCCAACGUCGCGCAUCAUCCGCGGUCGCACAACCCAAACUCGCGGUUACGCCACCACAAACCCCAACCCCCCUCUUGGCAAGCACAACUCUUCCAACUCCCAGCCUGCAAAGGUAGCUCUCAUUGGUGCCCGUGGAUACACCGGGCAAGCGCUGAUUGCCCUCCUCAAUGCCCACCCCAACAUGGACCUCCGCCACGUGUCAUCGCGUGAGCUAGCGGGCCAGAAGUUGAAGGGCUACGAGAAGCGCGAUAUCACCUACGAGAACCUUUCUGCCGAGGACGUGCGCCGCAUGGAAGAGAAUGGUGAGGUAGACUGCUGGGUUAUGGCGCUCCCGAACGGUGUGUGCAAGCCCUUUGUCGAAGCCGUGGAGGAGGGCCGUGGGCCACAGAACUCUGUCAUCGUAGAUCUCUCUGCCGACUACAGGUUCGACUCAAAGUGGACCUACGGUCUUCCUGAGCUCGUUUCGCGCUCUGAUAUCGCGCGGGCGAAGCGUAUCGCCAACCCCGGCUGCUACGCAACCGCAGCACAGAUUGGCAUUGCGCCGCUUGUUGAGUUCCUUGGCGGUCAACCAACUGUCUUUGGUGUUUCUGGAUACUCCGGAGCGGGCACAAAGCCGUCCCCCAAGAAUGACGUCGAGAACCUGCGGGACAACCUCAUCCCCUAUUCCCUGACUGACCACAUCCACGAGCGCGAAGUUAGCAACCAGCUUGGCGUUGAGGUUGCGUUUAUCCCGCACGUCGCGUCGUGGUUCCAGGGUAUCCACCACACAAUCUCUGUGCCGCUCGACCGCACAUUCAGCAGCCGAGACAUCAGGCAGAUAUACCAAGAUCGGUAUGCAGGUGAGAAGCUCGUACGGGUAACCGGAGAGCCACCGAGCGUCAAGGCGAUCAGCGGGAAGCACGGCGUUGAGGUUGGUGGCUUUGGGGUACAUAGCUCAGGCAAGCGUGUGGUUGUGUGCGCCACGAUUGACAACCUACUAAAGGGGGCAGCAACACAGUGUUUACAGAAUAUGAACUUGGCAUUGGGAUUCGCAGAGUACGAGGGCAUUCCGUUAGAUUAAGUGGAUAUGGGCAUAUUUUCAGGGGCGCAUUUUUUUAAACCGUUCUACAAUUUUCAAUGGAAAUUAAAUUUCCGCCAUGUUACAAAUUGCUACUGUACAAUGUGUUGCGUGUAUAUUCCGGUUCUACGAGACAAUUACAUGUUGUGUAAAGGGGUAUUCGACUUACGGGGAAACAUCGGGUCACUGUCUGAGAUGCCUAGAAUGGCCCAUUUUCAGCCCAAAUACGUAUCGCAGAACGACCUUGAUAUUAUCUUUCCCACACCAAAUAAAUCAGAGUAUAUCUGUCACCCCCUAGAAGUACAUCCUCUUAAACCUGUCUACACCAGCAUAAUAUCUUUUCAAUUCUUG